UGGCUAUUGGUGUUCUAUAUACAUUGAGUUUAGAAGUUUGAGUUACUUGAUGGAUAAGUUAAUUGAUUCAGAGAUAAUGGAGUUAAGCAAAAGCAGCUUGCAAAGAACUAUGAAUGAGAUUCAUGAUCGUGCUUCUUCCAUUAUGUUUCUUAAUCUUCAAUGGAAAGAUAUGGAAAUUGUUUUGGAUGCUGCUCAGCAUUCAGUUGAAGAACAACGGGAAGAGCUUAAACUGAAAGAUGGGGAGUUGGGUCUAAAAGAGAAGGUUUUCGAGAAGCUUUGUAGGGAUUUUGAGUUAGAGGAGAAGGAUAUUGAACAGAGUCGUAAAGAUCUUGAAAUUAGUGAAAAACAACGCGAGGAGCAAUGUAAAGAGGUGUCGUCGAUGGAGAAAUUGGUGAAAUAUAAAUUGGAGGAAGUUGGAUUGAAAGAGAAAUAUUUGGAGAGAUGCUUGAGAGAGUAUGAGUUGAAAGAAGAGCAAUUCGGGUUGAAAGAGAAGAGUUUCGAGAAGCGAUUUAUGGAGUUUGAGUUGGAAGAAAAGGCUUCGAAAGAGCGUAUUCGAGAUCUUGGAUGUAGUGUGAAACAACAUGAGGAUGAGGUUAAGUCGAUGGAGAAAUUGGUGAAAGAUAAGUUGGAGGAAGUUGGAUUGAAGGAGAAAGAUUUGGAGAAAUGCUUGAGAGAGUAUGAGUUGAAAGAAGAGCAAUUCGGGUUAAAAGAAAAGAGUUUUGAGAAGCGAUUUAUGGAGUUUGAGUUGGAAGAAAAGGAUUUGAAAGAAAGUCUUCAAGAUCUUGAGUUUAAUGUGAAAUAAAGUGAGGAUGAGGUUAAGUCGAUGGAGAAAUUGGUGAAAGAUAAGUUGGAUGAAGUUGGAUUGAAGGAGAAAGAUUUGGAGAAAUGCUUGCUGGAGUAUGAGUUGAAAGAAAAGCAAUUCUGGUUGAAAGAGAAGAGUUUCAAGAAGCGAUUUACGGAGUUUGAGUUGGAAGAAAAGGCUUCGAAAGAGCGUCUUCGAGAUCGUGAGUUUAGUGUGAAAAAACGUGAGGAUGAGGUUAAGUCGAUGGAUAAAUUGAUGAAAGAUAAG